GCAUUUAAAGCUUUCAAAAUUGUUAAAUCUGACCAAGAGAGGCCUUUGAGCAUUCCUGGGCACGCUUUUCGAAAGCUUGACGAGCACCUUUAAAGUCCUUUUUGGUCCAUUUCUCCAUAGCGUCACCUUGCAAACCUCUACCGAAACUAAAUGUGAGCGGUGGGAGUCUGAUACCCUCCUUCUUGGCAUAUUUGUUGGCAGCGCUGAGGAAGGCUAUGCUAUCCGUAUCAGAGAGUCCACCAGAAAGGAAGACAACACCUGGCAUUGCGGAGGGAACUGCUCUCGAUAAUGCUAGAGCGGUUGCCUCGCCAACAGCAUCAGCUGUAAGGUUCUUGCGCUCGUUGGUACUUGCGCCUGGUUGCACAAAUGAAGGCUUGAGAAGCGUGCCUUAAUAAACACCAUGGGCUGCAAGCUUUUCAUAUAUCUUAGCUAUGACCUUUGUAUGAACCUCUAGUGAGCGUUCGAGGGACGCGUCCCCUGAGAAAUCAAGAUCUGGCUCAACGAUAGGGACUAAACCAGUAGAUUGACUGACAGCAGCCAUUCUGGCGAGUGAAGUAGCUUGAGCAUCGAUAGCAAGCUCAGUAGGGAGAGUAGAUGAGUUGACUAGUAUUGGUGCUCUCCAUUUAGUGAAUCUCGCUCCUUUUUCUUUGAAUAGUCGACAACGGCUAGUUAGGUCAUCCAAACCCUGAGUGAAUACUUCACCAUCGCCUGCGCCUGGAAGUGGUUGUCCGUCGGUAUCGAUUCUCACGCCAGGAAUGAUACCUCUGUCAGCCAAAACGCCAGCUAGGUUGAAAUCUACCAAGGUUUCCUGGUAUAGGAUGCAUCCUGAAAUGUAGUCUGUUGGUAGAGUCUCAUAUAAGCAUUUACGCCAUUCAUAGCGUCUCUGCUUCUGUUCGUCGUCACUGUAGUUCUUCUCUACGCCCUCAGCUGCAGCUAGUCUGGCUGAUAUUGCCUCUGUAGUUUCGUCGGUUGCAUAGAUACCUUUACCUUGCUGAACUAAAGCGUGUGCUGUAUGUUUCAGCUCGUCAUUGAAAUCUGAUUUGAUGGAUAGUUUCGCAAAUGAGUAACCUUGUGUAGACAUGAUGAUGGUACUGUUAAACGGACACUAUCACUGGCUUAAAUAUCAUUCCAUAUGAUCCGGUGCGGUGACACACUAUUUGACCGAGUGUCUACUAUGACGGCGAAUUGAUAGACAUAAUACCGAUAAUGAUAACUAAAGGAUAAUUCAUAAUAUUUUAUUUUAAAUUUAUCUCAGUCGGUUCUUAAAUCCUGUGAGCAUCUUUGAGCGUCUUUGAAAGGAAACGUUACUGAGCCAGCGAUGGCGUCGACGAGUAGACUACCAAAACCGAGCUAUUAUUACCCAAUAGACGAAGGCAGUGAAUACACCCCUGUGCCAGAGGAUGAUAACCCCGAUGAUGAGGAUUAUCAGUCUCUAGGUGUACCUGUUUUUGAACCAACUAUGGAAGAGUUCCACGACUUCUACGACUACAUCAAGCGCAUCGAUAGAUACGGUAUGAAAGCUGGAAUCGUCAAGGUUAUCCCACCAAAAGAGUGGUUAACAACCCUGCCUGAGUACAAUGCAAAGAAUCUUGAUAAGAUAAAGAUCAGGCAGCCGAUAGCCCAACACAUGCUCGGUAGAUCGGGUUUAUACAAGCAGACAAACGUUGUAAAAAGGAAUGUUAUGGGCGUACACCAGUGGGCAUCUCUAGCUGGCUGUGGUCCGCCUGCUAAAUUCCAAUUCCCGGCACCAGCACCUCAAUCAAACGAGGAUUUGACAAACGAAACAGGAAGAGUGACGAGAGGCAGAGGAUCAACAGCGAAAACUAAGGAAACUACUAGAGAGCGCAAGCGUAGGAGAACAUCCCAGAAAUUGGAAAAUCAAACUGAUGACGCAAUUAAAUUGGAAUCAAUUGAGUUCCCUUCAGAUUCAGAAACACCCCAACCUUCCCAUUCAGCACAUUUAGCAGAAGCUUCUCCAGUUUCCCAUCAGCAGGAUGACCUGAAAAGGUCUGCGUCUGAGAUUUUUGACUCAGCAAAACCAUCAGGCAAAAAAAGUAAAGCUGACAUAGCGAACGAAUUCUAUAAGGAUCUCCAAAUACAAAAUGUCUGGUUACCACAAGGCGCCCAGCAUGAAGACUACAAUCUAGAAGGUUGCAAGUAUCUAGAGAGGUUGUAUUGGCGCACAUUAGGAUUGGGUGAUAACGAAGUUAGUUGGUAUGGUGCCGAUUUAUCAGGUUCCUUAUUCACAUCUAAAACGAAGAGCUGGAACGUGGCUGAUCUGCCAUCCUAUUUAACAGAGUUACUCCAAGAGUCGGGAGUUGGUACAAAACUACCAGGGGUCAACACACCUUACCUUUAUUUUGGAACAUGGAGAGCGACAUUCGCCUGGCAUGUUGAAGAUAUGGAUCUAUACAGUAUAAAUUAUAUUCAUUUUGGAGCACCAAAAUAUUGGUAUACCAUACCACAGAAGCAGAAGAGGAAAUUCGAGCAAGUUAUGGCAGCUUUAUUCCCAGGUGAAUCCAAACAUUGUCCUGAAUGGCUCCGUCAUAAAUCAUACUUGGCGUCACCCCAUGUUCUUGCCUCGCAAAACCUCAAACCAUCAGUACUAGUGCAGAAGCAAAAUGAAUUCGUUAUAACCUUCCCGCAUGGUUAUCAUUCAGGCUUUAACAUGGGAUUUAAUUGCGCGGAAUCUGUCAAUUUUGCGACUGAGGGAUGGAAAGAGUAUGGUAGAAAGGCACGAGCAUGUACAUGCGUUGGUGAUAGCGUUAAGAUAGAUGUUGAUCAACUUUUAGACCGUAUUGAAAUGAAGAAGCAAGAGAUGUACACGGAUGAUAAUAAACGCGCAGAAUUAAAGGUUGUUAAUGAGACGCUGAAGUUACAAAAAUUACCUAAUGAUCGAACAUUCACCCAUGUUCCAAUUGGCGAAUACUACAUGCCGCUAGUUGCUCCAUCCACAGAGCAACAAAUUACAUGGAUGAAAUGGGCAGCGACGCAGACAUUGGAUAUACAACAUCUCGUUAUUCAAGUUCCUUGGAUGCAGGAACGUGUACAGCUGACUCUAAGAUCUACAAGCGAGAAAAAGGAGCAAGCUCAGCAGCAUCAUCAACAAAUCCAAGCACAGAAGAUGGUCCAGAAUAGUUAUCAACCAUAUCACCAUGAUGCGACAUCCGAGAAUCAUUACCUUCCCAUGGAGAAUCGGAGUCUUUCACCAACAGCACCAGCGUUACAUCAACACAAUCACAUCCUGCCUAUGGUAGUUCAGCAGCAGGUACCACAAGCUACAAACCAAGCAUUACUACAGCAAGCAGCACAUGACUCAGCAGACAGUCUCUCUUCAGUACAUCGAAUAGCAUCAGUAAAUAUUGCAGCACAACAUCCUAAUGGAGAAUUAUAAUAUCUUGUUUUACUAUCAAAGAUUAUACAGCUGAUUUAAUGAACUCUUAGAUUUUGUAUUACAAUUGAGUUUAUAUAUAUAUGUACAUAUA